AUGAGCUCACCUCUUUCUUCUCUUUCUUUAGAAAUGGCGACCUUCGGGGAGCAAGCUCGGACGACGCGUUCUCAGGACACGCUCCCGAUGUAUACCUCCGAUGUCUUGCCUCCUUAUACCCCGCGUGCUCUAGAUACCCUUCAAGAACGAGAACGACAGCAUGUUCGCAACGAUUUUGUGGCCCCAGCUGCCCCAGCCGUUGCUCCCACUGAUAACCCCAACGGCCAGCCUGUCCCGGAGGCCCCCCUUUCACACAGGGCGACCGUCGCGUCCUUUCUGUUUCGCUCGCGCAAGGAGACCGUAAUCGCCCUGGUGGUCCUUACAUUCAUUGUCGUUGGAAUUUACGUCGGUUACAAGCAGAAGUCGCAGGCGACCCAAGUCUAG